GUUUCGCAUUGUGCUGCUCUUUUAUCGGGCCGCGUUGCUCUUUGCUGCAAAACCAUGGCAUACGACCCCGUUGGCCAGAAUCCAGAUCGCCGCUCCUCCGUCACGGAUGGAUUCGAGCCGAGCACGCGCUACGACGCUGGCUCGUAUAGUAGCGGCCCGCCGGGAACGGCGUCGCUAGAUGGCAGCAGCGCGGAGGAUGGAGGAGCCAAGGGCUCCAAGGACGCCGUUCAGACCACCGAAAUCAUCAAGGGCGACUGGCCGCUGCAAUCGAAGCAGCUGGCCACCAUGACGGUGUGGGGAGUCAUCGUCCUGAUUUUCGAUGUCAUUCUCGCCUCGACGCCCAUCAUGUUUGUCGUACUCGCCAUUAUAGCAGCCAAGCUAAACGGAGAAGAAGUUUCAGAUUACGGAUACAAGCUCAAGGAAACGCUCCUGCUGUCCCCCACAAUAUUUCCCUUGCUGUUCGCGGCUUUAAUGGGGCGAUUCUUCCGCCAUCUUGGUCUCUGGUUAGCCCAGCGAGGAACCACGCUCGGUCGCCUCGAACACCUCAUCGGCUGCCAGUCUGUCUUCUCAGCACUUGAACGCCAAUUCUCGUUGCGGUCGUGGUCUGCCAUCGGAGUCGUAUCCGUCUUGGUGUGGCUGCUCUCGCCCGUCGGCGGACAAUCGGCACUGCGGCUGCUAGACCAGGAGACGCGCCAGGUGCACUCGACGGUUCUCGUACGAUAUUUGAGCCCCAUGUCCAUAGUAGACAGUAUCAUGGGCGGCGCCAGUUUCAUCAACGAAGCCCGCAGUGCCUUUACCUCCAUCUGCCUCGCUGCCAUCCUCAGUAGUUCCAAGUUCCAGAACACGCCCAUGGACUUGUGGGGAAACAUCAAGCUCCCCAUGUACCGCCAUCUGGAGAACAGCACCACCGUGGAUGGAUGGAAAGUCAUCUCGGACCCAACGGCCGACAACAUCACGUAUGCUUCUCUCAUAGGCAUCCCGAUAGUCGGCCAGCCUUCGGAUGGCUCCUCCACGUUCAACAUCAAGGCUCGUCAGUUUGACCUGACGUGUUCGAGUAACAACGGAACCAAGAAGGAGCCCGCCGACUUUGAGAACAAGUUUACGUGGCAGCUGAGAGUCAUCAAUGAUACGGCGCCAGCAUGCAAAAACCGCACGCUGUGCCCACUCCAACAGUGCCAAAACUAUCCCUGCCCAAUUCGCAGCCUCUCGCUCGCGACCAGAUCGCUUGACCACAGCGAGGAAAAGUACGAUUUUUCCACAGCCAGAUGCCAAUUGACGUAUGAGAACUUUGAAGCAGGCGUGCAGUGCAAAGGGAAGGCGUGCGCCGUGUACAAGAUGCGCAAGCUCGACUUACUCGACAGCAACUUCACAAUAGGCAUCGACAAGCUUAUUCGGCAAACCUUUGUCUUUAACCAGCUCGCCACCAUGGUCAAUCUAGACACCUACAACGUAGGAAGCGCGGUAGCCCGAGGCUCCACAAACAUGGAGAGAUGGAUCCAGGACCCAACCGACUUCAUCGGCGUGCUCUUCAGCUACGCGAAACUGUGGCAGCUGUCGCCCCAGGUCUUCGGCGACCGUCUGACAAUCAUGUACAACACCUUCUGGCAGUCGACGUACGGGACCCCUGCACUCGCCGGCAAUCUGCCCGCAUACGUGCUGAAGACGGGCCAGCUGAAUUCCACCAAUGCCAUGUCCAACAUCCAGUUCCUGCCGCUCGAGGCGCAAACAACCAGAGCCACCAAGCCCGUGUACCGCACAAACUGGAAGUGGUUCACAGCGCUGCUAGUAUGUUCCUUAAUUCUGCUCGUCGCUGCCUGGGCUGCCCUUAUUCUCAAACACAUUACCAUUGUGCCGGACAUCAUCGGCUAUGCGUCGUCGCUUACCCUGCUGAACCCGUAUUGUCCAACACCUACGGGCGGCACUACGCUCAACGGGUUGGAGCGCGCCGCCCUCCUGCAUGACUUGCCUGUCAGGAUAGGCGACGUGUGUCCGAAUGAGUCCGUCGGCGCCAUUGCGUUUGCGAAAGCCGACAUGGGUCAGGUAGCGAGGCUCGACCGUCAGCGGUGGUACAUCUAAAAGGGUUAGAGAGAGAAAAAAAAGGGGCUGCGUCAGCCCUGCCAGGAUAUGGGGUGGAGGGUAUGGCUGUUCAGGCGGGGCGGACGAGA